AGCUUCAUAUAUUAUAUAGUCAUCGUAGAGGACAGGAAGAGGGACUAUUGACGUCUCUCUGAACAAGCAGCGCAGCUUAUCCUACAAAAUAAAAGCGAUAACAUUAUCACAGACACAACAAUGCACUUGUCCCUUGUUUUCCUCGCCAAGCCUGUUCUUCACGGAUACUACAGAAGUUCCUGCUCCUGGAGGGUUCGCAUUGCUUUUGCUCUUAAAGGUAUUGAAUAUGACCAGGUUCCAGUCAGUCUAAUCAAAGAUGGAGGUCAGCAGUAUACACAACAGUUCAAGACAUUAAACCCCAUGCAACAAGUGCCUGCAGUUGAAAUAGAUGGCAUCACCCUCUCUCAGUCACUGGCAGUGAUCCAGUACAUUGAUGAAACCAGGCCAGGGCCUCGGCUUCUCCCAGCAGACCCAAAGAAACGUGCCCAGGUUCGGAUGAUAAGUGACCUCAUCGCCUCUGGGAUACAGCCUCUGCAGAAUUUGUACGUGAUUCAGAAAAUAGGAGCAGAAAAGGUGCAGUGGGCUCAGCACUUCAUUGAUCGCGGCUUUCAAGCUCUUGAGCCCAUUCUGAAGCAAACAGCGGGGAAAUAUUGUGUGGAUGAUGAGAUAUCCAUGGCAGACAUCUGUCUGGUCCCACAAGUCUACAAUGCAGACAGGUUCAAAGUGGACAUCGGGCAGUUUCCAACUAUUAAAAGGUUAAAUGAAACCUUAGUUGAGAUUGAAGCUUUCAAAGUGAGCCACCCGUCUAACCAACCAGACACACCUGCUGAUCUGCGUGCAUAGAACACUUCCGUACCUUUGUACAGUUAAAUAAAAUGCUUUGAAAAACAAAA